AUGGCUAUCUCCCUUCCCUGGUAUAUCAGUCUCUACUACUUCUUAUUAAAUGGUUCUUAUCCAAAGGGUGCUGAUCCCAAGGUUUGCCGUAAGAUCCGCUAUCACUGUGCAAGGCUAAUGUUGGCUGACGAUGGACGUGUGCUUGAGUUGAAUACUGGUCGAGAGUUGUUGCAUGAAGGCACCGCUCUGCAGAAGGUUCAAGAAGUUCACAAGGAAGGUCACCAAGGCAUUUUGAAUACACUAGAUAAGGUGGCAAGGCACUAUAUGAUACAAGAUUGUCGUGAGUUGGUUACUACUGUGGUGAAAUCGUGUGAUACAUGCCAGUACAGAGCAAGAAUUCGUUUUUCCAAAUCGAACCCAAUGAAGGUGAUCAAGACUCCACGUUCUCCCAUGAAUUUUGUGAGUGUUGAUGCAAUCGGUCCUCUCUCCACUACAUCCAAGGGAAACAAAUAUAUUUUGACAGCUAUUUGUGGUCUGACAAGAUGGCCUAUGGCUCGUGCUGUAUCUACUAUCGAUGAAGUUACUACCGGUGAAUUCUAUUUUAGUGAAAUUGUGUCAAGAUACGGUGUACCUGCUAGAUUGCUAUCCGAUCGAGGUGCUAAUUUCAUCUCUACUUACGUUCACCAAUUUUUGAAGCAAAUCGGUUGCAAGAACAUCAUGGUGACAAGUUAUCGUGCAUCUGCUAACGGUAUGGUUGAGAAGUUAAAUCACUCCCUGGUGUCUGUGUUGGCGAAAAUUGCAAGAGAUGAGCGAAAUAUUGAUCAAUGGGACAAGUAUGUGGAUUCGGCUCUAAUGGUUUUAAGGUCAACAAAGAAUACCGGCACUGGGUAUAGUCCAAGUUACUUACUAUAUGGCUAUGAAUUCCGUACUCCAGCUGUGUGGGUUAGUCCUCGUCUUGAUUACGUUGAAGGUGAAGAAGAAGAAGAACUCAAGGAGCGAAUUGAAUUGAUUGGCGACAAGUUACAUGGCGUAAGGGAAAAGGCGCGUGAAUACUCGGACGAACGCAAGGCUAAGGCGAAGAUUCGUUAUGACGCAAAUGUACAUUUCAUCAGGCAAUAUGAAGUUGGCGAGCAAGUGUUAUUGAAGAACCCAAUCCAAGACAGCAAAUUCGGUGAUAAAUGGGAAGGUCCAUACAAGGUUGUGCAAGUUAACAAGAGUUCUGGUACAUACCACUUAACGGGCAAGAACAGUUUACGAUUGAAACAUGCUGUGAAUGGUGAUCGACUCAAGCCGUAUAACAAUGAGGUGCAACGUAUGAUUCCCGAUGUGAUGAUUUCGCAGGCGUCAGAUCAGUUUCAAAGAUGGGUUGAAGCAAACAGAGUGAACAUGUUGGAAGCAAGAGAAAAGGCGUGUUUCGAAAUCUCUUUGUAG